GGGGCGAGGUGACUGUAUUGGCUCAACAGAUAGCUCAAUGUCCUGCCAGCACCCCUGUGUGGUCCGCUUUGCUGCUUGGGCGCUGGCUCGCUGGCUCCAGGGGUUUUUAUCCAGUGGUCCCACUUACGAUUGUUGCUCGGACCCAUGGGAGUCAGCUUCAAUACCCUACUGGGCAGGCUGCUGGUUGCUAUGGGAAACACUGGGGAGCAGUGGAGGUGGAGCCCAACAGGGCAUAGGAACCAGGAACAGGAAACAUGGCAGGGAACACAACAACCAAGUUCGGAUCCCAUUCCCAGUCUCAUUCCCUGGCUCGGCCCCGCCCCUCGCCGGCUGCAGCCGCCUCCGGGCGCUGUUUGCUCCCAGUUCCCUCCCAGUGCUCCCAGUAAAAGCCACACUGGGAGGGAAAGCGCUCCCGGUUCCUUCCCGCUGCUCCCACGAUCGCUCCCGUCGCUCCCAGGAUCGCUCCCGGUGCCGCGCGGGGCGGGGCCGCUUUGGAACCGCCUCGGGGCAGAGCGCGGCUGCUUUUGGGUGUCGGCCCCGCCCGGGCCGGGCUGGGAGCGGAGGAGGAGUGGGAGGAAGAGGAGGGACAGAGGACGGGGGAAAAGGAAAGGCAGGAGCGGCAGGAAGAGGAGAAGCGGGGACAAGAGGGAAAGAGGAGGAGGAGAAGAGGCGGAGCGCGAGGAAGUUUCCCGUCUCUGGACCCCGCAGGAUUUCCCAUCCCCAGACCUUGGCCUGAUGGAGGAGGAGGAUGCCACGAGGAAGAGGAAGAUGUCCCGGGAGCCGCAGGCAGACACGGAGCUGAGCACGGAGCCCAGGGAGGACAAAUCCCAGCAGCAGAACCUGGUGGGAGAGGCCGUUUGGAGCGGCUCCACGGCACAGGAAUCCAUCGGGCAGGAAAAGCCCUGGAGAUCCCUCAUGAGGAGGGGCUGCAAACGCAGAUCUCGGGGAUCCGAGGAGGAAAGACCCAUCCUGGGCCAGGAAGGUGGACAGAGCUCGGAUCUGGGUGUCCAUGAGCAGCUUCACGAUGAGGAGAAGCCCUACAAGUGCUCAAUGUGUGAGAAGAGCUUCAGGUGGAGAUACCACCUGACCCAGCACUUUGUCAUCCACACGGGAGAACAGCCCUACGAGUGUGGGGAGUGCAGGAAGAGCUUCAGGCAGAGCUCCCACCUGACUGCCCACCAGAGGAGCCACACGAGGGAUCGGCCCUACAAGUGUGAGAAGUGUGGGAAAAGCUUCAGCAGGAAAUCCAACCUCACCUCCCACUGGGGAAGCCACACGGGGGAUCGGCCCUACGAGUGUGGGGAGUGCGGGAAGAGCUUCAGCCAGAGCUCCCACCUGACUGCCCACCAGAGGACCCACACAGGGGAGAGGCCCUACGAGUGUGACCAGUGCAGGAAGAGGUUUUCCACCAACGCCCGUCUCUCCAAGCACCUGCAGACUCACACGGAUGAGAGGCCCUUCCACUGCCCUGACUGCGGGAUGGGCUUCAAGCACAACCCCAACCUCGUCAGGCACCGGCGCAUCCACACCGGGGAGAGGCCCUACAAGAGUGGGGAGUGUGGGAAGAGCUUCAGGCAGAAAUCCACCCUGGUUGUCCAUCAGAGGAGCCACAUGGGGGAACGGCCCUACGAGUGUGUGGAGUGUGGGAAGAGCUUCAGCCAGAGCUCUAAACUGAUCAAACACCAGAGGAGCCACACAGGGGAGAGGCCCUACGGGUGUGAUCAAUGCAGGAAGAGGUUUCACACCAGCUCCCUUCUCCUCAGGCACCAUCGGAUUCACACGGAUGAGAGGCCCUUCCGCUGCCCUGACUGCGGGAAGGGCUUCAAGCACAACCCCAACCUCAUCAGGGACCAGCGCAUCCACACCGGGGAGAGGCCCUACGAGUGUGGGGAGUGUGGGAAGAGCUUCUCCUGGAGCUCUGGCUUGACCUAACACCAAUGGAGGCACCACUAAGAGAAGCCCUGUGAGUGCCCCGAGUGCAGGAUCCCCCCUGGAUGAUCCCCCGUGAGCCCCGGUGGGCAGAGCCCUGGUGAUCCGUGGUGCCGGUGAUCCGUGUUGAGAAGAUUCCUGCCUUGGGGCUCCACAUCUCUCUGGCUCCCCGUGGAGCUUUCUCUGGACUUUCUCUGCAGUUCUCUUUGUCCAUUCGAAACACCCAAAACCGGGGUAAAAAUAAAGAUGUUGAACUAAGACAAGGACGGGGAACAUGGAGGGAUCUUCCAGGGGAUGUGGGGGAUGCUGAUCAAGGACUCCAUACCCUGGUCCCCAUGUCCGCUUCUCCCAGUUCCCAGUGUCCCCAGUCCAGGAUCCCUCUGUCCCUGCUGUCACUCCCCUUGCCCCCUGCCCAUUCCCAUGUCACCACACUCCCAGUCCUAUCCUGCUCCCAUCCCAGUCUGGAUCCCAUUCCUGAUCCCUGUCCCAUUCCUGGUCCCAGUCCUGUAUUCCAAGUCCCAUUCCCAGACCCUGACACCAUUCCCGGUCCCUGUCUCAUAAUCCCUGUCCCAUUCCUUGUCCCUGUCCCCUUUCCCUCUCCCCAUUUCCAUCCCCAAUCCCAUUCCUGGUCCCUGUCCCCAUUCCCGGUCCCUGGCCCCAUUCCUGGUCCCUGUCCCCUCUCACUGGAUGCUGCCACCAUCACUCUGCCCCCCCUGCCCCAUUACCAUGGAAACACCAUCCUG